AUGGGGGAAGCGCCGCAGCCCAAGUCGCCGCCGAGGUACCCGGACCUGUGCGGCCGGCGCCGCCUGCAGCUCGAGGUGCAGAUCCUCAACCGGGAGGUCGGCUUCCUCGAGGUACGCACGCACCAAUCGCUUUUCUUUGUUGAGUUCCUUCAUUCUUCUUAUGGUCGCGUGGAAGCAAAAGGAAACAUGGAUCUUGCAGCCUCUUCCGGUGGAUCAGAUCAAAAUUGCGCACAUGCUUUUCAUGCCUGUGCUGCUUCAGCUGCUCUUGCUGCACCUGCCGCGACACGCAGUGCUUUACUCCGCCGACCUGCAGCUGUCCAAAGACCCCUUCGUGCAGCAGCAGCUGCUGCAGCCUUCCCAGCUGCAGCUGCAAGCCGCCAGGCUGCUGCGGCCAUUGCCGACCCCAGUGCAGCAGCAGCUGCUGUCCUAGUGAUUGCAGCUGCUCGGACUGCCCGUGUUCCUGCUCCUGCCCCCCGUGCUGCAGCUGCUGCCCCGGCUGCUUCUCCUGCUGUGCGGGGUGCUCGGCCGGCUGCCUCGGCGCCCUCAACCGGUGUUUCGGCUGCCUGUCGUCGUGCUGCAGCGGGAUGCGACCUUCCUGCUGCAAGUGCCAGUCGUCGUGCUGCGAGGCAGGGUCAUCCUGCCGCGGCACCGGCACGGGAGCGUGCUGCCGCGGUUCGUGCCUCGGUGCCCCGCCGGCGGCACCGUCGUACCCGGAGUGCUCGUGCGGCUGCGUGUGCUCCUGCUCCAGGUGCAGAGGAGGAUGCCGCUGCCCUUCCUGUGGUAAUAAUCCCUGCUGUGCCGGUGGAUGCUUAUGCUAGAUUAGAGUAUUACUGGUAG